AUGAAAUAUACCGUAACCAGAACACUAGUUGCAAAGUUUAACCUCGAUAGGAAAUUAGAAUUUCAUAUUCAGAUCCAGUAUUAUAAAGCCAUGACAAAUUCUGCAUGUCUGGAUUAUCAAGUGGGUCGAAUUAAAGCAAUGCUAUACAUUCCUUUUCAAUACUCCCGCGAUUCCCAAUUGACUCUCAGGCAUAAUAAGUUUGUAUUCUUUUGUGGCCACGGUGGCCCCGAUGUUACAUUAAUAGAAGAUCGAUGUCUUCCGAACAUAUUAAGAAGCCAGGCAUCGGGAGUACCGGAAGAUAUUCAGGUUCCAAG